AGAGCUGGGAAGGGUAGAGCUGAUGCCUGAUUGCAGCCCGUAAAAGCAAACAGAAGAGAAACUUCUCGAGAAAUCGAAGAGUAGUUAUGGCGGGAGCACCAGAUGCGCCAAAGAGACAGGGAGGCAGACCGCUUCCGGCCUCCGCGAGAGCGCCUCCUCCUCCCCCUCGCCCUCGCUUCGAGCCCGUUGAUCGUGAGAAGACUUGUCCUUUACUGCUUCGGGUUUUUACCAAGAUAGGAGGUCAUCAUUCUAAAGAAGAUUUUGCAGUAAGAGGAAAGGAGCCUAAGGAUGAGGUUCAGAUUUAUACAUGGAAGGAUGCUACACUUCGUGAGUUAACUGACCUGGUCAAAGAGGUUGCUCCAGCAGCAAGGAGAAGAGAUGCAAGACUAUCCUUUGCCUUUGUAUAUCCUGAUAAGAAUGGUCGCUUUGUAGUGAGGGAGGUAGGGAAAACCUUUUCAUAUGGAAAUGGGAGGCGAUUAGACGACAGCAAAACAUUGGCUGAACUUAGUUUCGAGAUUGGAGAUUACUUGGAUGUAGCUAUUAUGUGACUGAGACAUCUUCCCACGGAGAGGUAUAAGUACAAGUUAAUUGUGAUUGGCUAGAGAAAGAUAUUGCAGGACGUUUGAUUGUGAUUUAUCAUAUAUUCCCGUUCUGAGAUGCAUGGACUCUUCAAAAUCCAGAUGAUGGUAAUCCUGAAGCUUUUACAGUUCUCUUGGUAAAUGUCUGCUAUGGUGCCGAUCCAUGUAUUAUGUAGUAAUUUAGCUAGAGAUUCUGUGUACCUUAUUUGUCAUUUUGAAUAAACUUUCUAUACUGUCUUGAUUUUGUCUUCCAUCCCUAUUUUCCUCUUCUGGUUCUUUUGGAGGGUUUCCCUAUGUUGGAGUGACAUGGAUAUUGGUAAUCCCUGUUGGAGGAAAAAUGGAAUGUGGAUUAAGGAAUUGAGAAUGAUACUUCACUCUGGCCGUGUGGCUGGAAGCUCUCUCCGGUGGUUAUCAUCGGAGGUUGUGUGCAACUGUAAAGAACUAAGGCCUCUCACUGAUAAAAAAUAACUGUAAUU